UUCAUUGUAAAUACCCUGCACUUCAGGUUUGUUUGGUUGUUGGACUUUCAGGUUUAUUAUUUGACAAGUGCAACAUGCUCAGAGCUGCUGAGCCGUCACAGAAGGUCUUGGAUCAUUGACUCCUUCACUAUUGAGGAGGGGCAUCCAGGACCCUUCCCUUAUGUGCUGGGCAAGGUACACAUUGAUCGGGCCUAUCAAGUGAGCUUCGAUCUCUUUGGGGAAGGAAUGGAUAAGGAGCCAAAGGGGCUUCUCUCAAUUGAUAAAGAAUCUGGCACCGUGUCUGUCCACAGGGCUGUGGACUACGAGCAGAAGGCUACGCUUAAACUGAAAUUUGAAGCUAGAAAAAAGGAUUUGUCGAUUGACACCAAUUUAGGAAUUGAAAUUUCCAUAUUGGACAUCAACGACAACCCACCACGCUUUCAUAGGGAUCUGUAUGAUAUCAACAUUGACGAGGAAACCACACAAGGCUUUCACGUCCUGACUGUGUUAGCCUAUGAUAGAGACCAGACAGGGACGCCAAACUCUACGUUCCACUAUAAAAUUAAGUCUGUGUCUCCAAACACUCCAGACACCGAGUUCACCAUUGAUUCUGAGUCUGGAACAAUCUCGUUCAAAGGAUGUUUGGAUCAUGAGGUGGCUGAGAUGUUCACAGUGGUGGUGGAGGCCAAGGACCAUGGUGACGUAGUCAGUCUGUCCAGCUCAACCGUUGUUGUCAUCCACGUUCAGGACGGCAACAACCACCUCCCAACCUUCAGCGGACAAACAGUAAGAAGCAAAGUAAAAGAACAUGAGACUGGGGCGUCUCCUCUGCGGCUGCAUUUGACGGACAAAGACACCCCAAACAGCCAGGCAUGGAGAGCCAGAUACACCAUUCAGGGGGACGAGGGAAAGCACUUUAAAAUAGAAACAGACCCAGACACCAAUGAUGGAAUCCUGACAGUAAUAAAACCGUUAGACCAUGAGGAGGAAACACAGAGGGAGCUAUACAUCUCAGUGGAAAAUGAGGCGCCAUAUUUCUCCUGUAAAGUGAAGGAGAAGACGCCUUCAGGCCUCUGGAAAGUCGACCACAGUAAGGGUGACGAUUCUCCGUCUGAUUCUGUAAAAGUCAUCGUCGAAGUUGAGGAUGCCAACGACCCCCCAGUGUUCAGCGUGACUGUGAAAGAGGCCAGGCUGGAGGAGGAUGUACCCAUUGGAACCUGGGUAGGGAAAGUGACUGCUGUGGAUCCAGACUCCAGUCAUGCAAAGGAUUUUUUGUACAAGGUAGGAGAUGAUCCUGCUGGCUGGGUGACGGUGGAUCCCCACACAGGAGACAUCACAACAGCCGAGCCACCAGAUAGAGAAUCUCCUCAUGUCGUCAACGGCGUCUACACAAUCUUACUGCAUGCGGUGGAUGAUGGUAAGCCACCCAUGACAGGCACAGCCACACUGAACAUCCAUGUGAUUGACCAGAACGACAACGUUCCUCAGCCAACAGUGGACUAUCUAGACGUGUGUUUGUCUGACGGCCCCGCCACCACCAACAUCACAGCCUUUGACCUGGACGGAAAUCCCUUUGGAGGGCCUUUCACAUUUGAACUGCUGGGGGAUGUCGAAGGAAAAUGGAAACUGAAUCCCUCAAAUGGAUACACAGCUGGCCUGGUGAGGGGGCCUGGUGUGUAUGCUGGCCCACACACAAUAAAUCUGAAGAUCUCUGACCUGCAGGGAAUGUUUGGGGUUUACGACUUCAGUGUGACCGUUUGCGACUGCUCUGUGGUGCCCAACUGCCGGAGACACCGAGGCUCCGUCACAAAAGCGGCUCCUGGUGCUAUAGUCAUAGCGUUGGUCUCACUAUUUUUACUACUGUUUGUGCUGCUGAUUGCAGUCGUCAUAACCUGCAAAAAAGAGUUUGUCCCUUUGCAGACCAGUGAUUCCUCUGGAGAAACCCUCCUCGCAUCAAACAUUGAGAAACCAGGAACAGACUGCAAGGUGCCUGACAAUAUACUGGUAGCAGUUGCUGAUGAGACACACCAUGUCCCAUCUAAUUGGCAAAGUCAGCAUGAUGGAAUCCAACACAGCAAAGUUUCAAAGGUUCCCACACAUACUUUGAAGACAUACAAAUUAGCUCCUGAUCACAGUUGCUCCUAUAAUUCCCUGCAACAGGAUACAGAGCAAAACCACACAAACUUAAGAGAUCACAGAAGUGAAGAGGUUUCCUACCUAUUCAAUGAGAACCUGUACCCGACAACGUGGAAUUCUCUAUUGGCCAAUAGCUACCAUUACACCCAUCAGACUGAGUACAUGAGCACAAUGAAUGUCAACUCAAGCCAUCAGAGAGACGCAGCUCUCCUGGCCGUAAUUAAUCAGAGACUGUCCUCUCUCCAGGAUAUAGAGGAUCAACUGGAUUAUCUGCCUCACCUCUACAAAGAUGAGGGUGACUCCGACAGCGACUCAGAGCUGGAGAACAUAAUUCCUGACGAGGAUUCAUACCAGAAUGUGCUGAAUGAUUUAGGCCCCGGGUUUGAACAACUGGCUUCCAUUUGCAAGCCACCACAUACUCAAAACUGAACUUUUAUAAAAUACUACUUGU